GUGCGCGUCCCCGAGCGGCUGCUACUUAAGGCCUGGCGUCUCGCCUCUGCUUGACGAGCAGUGCGAAUGUGUGUCUAUGUAGCUACCUAACUAUCUAGCUAGCCGAGGAAAGACGGACUACGGUCGGCCCCCGUCGAUCCCCUCUCCGUGUGAUCGCGCUUGCGUCUGCUGCCAAAUAAAGACUAUUUCGUCCGAGAGGUCACCACAUUUCAAGAGAAGACGAAAGCCUUAUUUGGAAAUCUUAUGGACGAAGAAAUGAGUCGCCAGACUGCCACCGCGCUGCCCACAGGAACCUCCAAGUGCCCCGCCUCCCAGCGCGUGCCCACCCUGUCAGGGACCACCGCCUCCAACAGUGACCUGGCCAGCCUGUUCGAGUGCCCGGUGUGCUUCGACUAUGUCCUGCCCCCCAUCCUGCAGUGCCAGUCGGGACACCUGGUAUGCUCCAACUGUCGGCCCAAACUCACCUGCUGCCCCACGUGCCGAGGGCCGCUGGGCUCCAUCCGGAAUCUGGCCAUGGAGAAGGUGGCAAACUCUGUCCUCUUCCCCUGCAAAUACGCCUCGUCGGGCUGCGAAGUCACGCUGCCGCACACGGACAAGACGGAGCACGAGGAGCUGUGCGAGUUCCGACCAUACUCGUGCCCGUGCCCUGGCGCCUCCUGCAAGUGGCAGGGCUCUCUGGACGCCGUCAUGCCUCACUUGAUGCAUCAGCACAAGUCCAUCACCACACUGCAGGGGGAGGACAUUGUGUUUUUGGCCACCGACAUAAACCUGCCGGGCGCGGUGGACUGGGUGAUGAUGCAGUCCUGCUUCGGCUUCCACUUCAUGCUGGUGCUGGAGAAGCAGGAGAAGUACGACGGCCACCAACAGUUCUUUGCCAUCGUGCAGCUCAUUGGGACUCGCAAGCAGGCGGAAAACUUUGCGUACCGGCUGGAGCUGAACGGCCACCGGCGCCGCCUGACCUGGGAGGCCACGCCGCGGUCCAUCCACGAGGGCAUCGCCACCGCCAUCAUGAACAGCGACUGUCUGGUGUUCGACACGUCCAUCGCACAGCUCUUUGCCGAGAACGGCAACCUGGGCAUCAACGUGACCAUCUCCAUGUGCUAAGAACUCGCCAGAAGAAGCAGGGGGACAUGAAGUUCCAUAUGGAUUGGGGGCAUUUUGGGGGGGUGAGAUCGCUCCCUUUCUCUCACUCUCCGUGCCGCACCCCUUGAAGACACUAUCCAGUUGACUGUCUGGUCAGGCAGCCACCAGGCCAGGGGCGUGUGGGAGGGGCAUGAGGAUAUAACCGUAGAGAUGGCCGUAGCCUUAUAAACGCAACACCGACUCCUUUAUGUGGGAUUCACACGGACAGCCGCAGUCUCACCGUAUCCUUGGAAACAUGCUCUCCUUGUCUGUUUGUCCCCCACCCCCCACCCCCGUCGGGCAUCUCCUCACACUACACGACUGCCGCUCGAUCUCACCACGGACGCCCUGCUCUCCGCUAGGCAGCAAGCUAGCCGCCUCGCCACACCGUUAGUUGUACCAGGCUACCGGGGCCGCGUCCCGCGUGAUGGAAGUUAUGGAGCUCCCAGGACGCCGCCACGCCACUCAUGACUCUUGGAUUGCCCCCCUCCCUCCCGGAUUUGCCAAUGCAAGUGAUCACUAUGGCAGACACCUGUGUGUAUCUGGAGCUGUGUGUGUGUGCGUAUCAAAGAAACAACGUGGGGGGGGGGGGGGUGCAACGACAUUUCAGUUGAGUCAAGUUUAAGUAGAUUUUUCUAUGGGUGUACGCGUGCGUAU